AUGAUCCCCGCUAUUGUCCUCGCAAAGGUGUUGCCGGCGUUGGCAUUGGUCGGCCUGGCGCUGACUGGUCUUGAGAACGUCCCGGCCGCCGCCGCUCACUCGCCCUCCCGCCGUGGUCACUCACACCAGCACCUCGCCAUCCGCGCGGCCGUGCAGCAAAAUACCGGCGCCCAGGAGAAGAAGCGCGUCGUCAUUCGUCGUCGGGCCAACGGGACCCAAUGCCGAGUCAGGGGCGGCGCCCUUUCUCCCUCGGCCAACACCAGCUCCGCCGCUGCUGCUCCCAGCUCUGCUGCUCCCGCUGCCUCAUCCGCCGCCGCGCCCGUUGUCGCGCAGGAGAUCCAGGCCCAGCCGCAAGUCGCUAGCUCCGCCGCUCCCUCCCCGGCCGCUCCCACGCAGAACAACCAGAACUGGGCGGCUGCCUCGUCUGCUGCUGCUGCUCCGGCUCCGGCAGCGGCCUCGCCAUCUCCGGCCGCGAAGAACAACAGCCCGGCCUACUCGGGGUCGUCCGGCGGCGCAUGGGGCGGAUGGACCAACGUUCACUCCAAGCUCGGUAAUGCCUGGCCGAACGGAGACUGGGCUGGGAAGGACCAGCCUGACUAUGUCGGGAACUAUAUCGGGUCUAAAGCUUCGUGGUAUUAUACCUGGAGUCCCCACGCUGUGGGAAGCGCCGAUUCUCUCGGUCUCGAAUUCGUGCCCAUGCUUUGGGGUCCCCACCAAGUCAGCGACUGGUGGUCUCAGCAGGCAUCAUGGCCCAAGACGGUCAAGAAUGCGCUUUUCUUCAACGAGCCCAACGAGCACUCUCAGUGCAACAUGGCCGCAGGCGACUCGAUCUCGUACUGGAUGAACGACUUCCUUCCUCUCCGGUCCAAGGGCGUCCGUCUCGGUGGUGCCGCCACCACGUCCGCGCCUUCCGGUCUUGUUUGGUCGCAGGACUUUGAGAAGCUUUGUGUUCAGUAUGGUAACAGUAAAGCCGACUGUACCCCCGACUUUGUUCCUAUCCACUGGUACGAUGUCACCCCGCAGAACUUCCAGGCAUAUGUCGAGAACUACCACAAGGGUGUUGGACACAACCUCUGGGUGACUGAGUACGCGUGCCAGAACUUCAACGGAGGUGCUCAGUGCUCUGAUGGCGAGACUUGGGCGCUCCAUCAGCAAAUGUCGAACUGGUUCGACCAGCAGGACUACAUUGAGCGUUACGCGCCAUUCGGUGUCAUGAAGCAGAUGCAGGGCGUCAACCAGUACAACGCGUUGAUGAACCCCGAUGGCUCGAUCACGUCUUUGGGUAACUGGUACAUCUGGAGCUCCUAG